CCCCCCCACUUUCGCUGGUUCAUGCUUGUCUCUAUCAACCGUUGGUAAAAUGAAUUAAGCCAAAAGCAUUGAGGCCUUUAAUGUAGUAGCUCACACUUUAUUAUAGGCUUACAAUAUAGUCUAAUCAUAUAGUUCUUUGAAGACUUAAAGAACAUCAGUGCAACAGAAGCAAUGAUGGCUGCUUUGAUAACAUUGGUGUUUGUUCUCUUGGGCCUCAUAGGGGCUUUUGUCUGUGGAUUUUUUCUACUGUUUUACAUCUAUCCACACCAUAUUGUUUCCUAUGGUUUUAUGUUUAGAAGAUACCUCGCGGGCAUGAAAAUAAAAUUUGUGAAACAUAGUGGUGGAACUUUGUGUUAUGCUGAGAAAAAUGUUCCGCAGCCUGACAAGUUGUCCAUUGUUUUUGUACAUGGGUUUUCAUCCUCUAAGGACCAAUGGAUUCCAUGUUUUAAAGGGCUUCCCAAAGAUCUCCAUAUGCUUGCUCUUGAUCUGCCUGGGCAUGGAGCUUCGUCUACCCCUGAUGAAGAUAUUGAGCUAGGGCUAGAGUAUGUUGUGGAGACUUUGAACACUUUCUUAAAGCUGGUAGGAUUGGAAAACAAGCAGAUUCACUUAGUUGGGUCAUCACUAGGUGGCGCUAUUGCUGGUCUGUAUACAGCGCAUCACCCAGAGAAGGUGGCCAAACUGACCUUGGUGUGUCCAGCAAUGGAGACCCCAGUAGAAAGUAACUUUGCCCUCCAGCUGAAGCAAGCCAUGGCUCUGGGCCCAGAAAACAUUACCAUAGACCACUGUGCUCUGCUAGCCUCUGAUGUGAAGGGGAUGAAGAACCUUUUCUCUCUCUGCUGUUACAAUAAAAAUAUCACACGGGUAAAUGACCAGAUUUGCAAAGGGUUUCUCACACUGCGCAUGCCUAAGCUGCCCUUUUUUUUGAGACUGUUCAAGUCUGUCAUCUCUGAAGAACAUCUGAAUCUGCUGCUUAACGCAGCCCCAAACAUUACCCCACCUACACAGGUGAUAUGGGGAGCCAAUGAUCAGCUGAUCAAUGUGAGCGGGGCUGAACUGCUCAGGUCCCAGCUGCCCAACUGUCGGCACGUUGACAUCAUUGACAACUGCGGCCACGCCAUUGACAUGGAUCGCCCUGGGGCUUUCAACAAACAUCUACUUAAAUUUGUGCUAGAGGAUUGUAGUGAUAAGAAAACUGAUUGAGGAUUGGACAAUCAAAGAACACAGGAUAAUAUAAAAAUAAACAAUGGCAAAUAUUUAUAUAUUACAUUUAUUCAUUAGAGAAUUUUAUUUCAGUUCUACAGUAUGGUUUAAGUUUUUAUAUUGAUAUAUUUUUUUUUCCGUUCAACUGAUUGGUUAGUUUUUUUAAAAAAUAAAUAUAAAUUGUGCAAUUGUUUGAAAGAACUAAAUUCUAGUUUAGCUAAUGGAAAUUAAAUAAAUUUAAAAAAUAGUUGAAUCAAAUUUGGCCUUACACAGUGUUGUUAACAGAGUAUUUUAAAAUGAUUUUUUAAAAGAGAAAAUCUGUCUAACAGGAAUAAACAAUGUUAAAUUUUGUAUUUUAUUGUCAAAAGUAAAAAAAAAAUAUAACAGUAACAAUAUUAUACUGAUUUCAUUACAAAAUAUCUACAUAUUUAAAAAAAAAAUGUUUUGUUAUAAGCAUGUACAAUCUGAUGUUAUAGUCUAAUGGUGAAUCUGAGCAGUUUGACCACCUAUAUAUUGAACAUUUAUAUUUUAAUACAAUGCAGACUUUGUAACCUGUUAUUGUUGAGUCCAUGUUACCAUGGAAUAUUUACACACAAGGGGAAUGAUUUUAAUGUACUGAAUUUAAAAAUAGGUUGGAAUAUAUUUAAAUGUAGGGAUUUAAAAAUAGAGUGGACUACUUAUAUUAAAUAGGACACACAUAUUUUAAUAAAAAAAUUCUUAUAUUAAAGCCUUAAAAAAAUCUAUUUAUCAGAUUUUUAUGUGGUGAUUUAAAAAAAGAAUAUAAGACCAAAUACCCCGGCUUGUUUUUUAAUGUUUUAUUUAUAGAUACCAAGACCUACAUAUUUAUAUUCCAGCAGCUAUUUUUAUCACUGAAGGAGCUGGGAAGGUUUAUAUUUAAUAUUGCAAUCGUUAUACCUUAGGUUCAAAUCUUGUUAUCCACUAAUCAAGCUGUAAGCCUACAGUGUUUGGCUAAUCGAGAAAAUUAAAUUUUUUUUAUUUGCUUCUACAUUACACUUGACUGUUGAUUAAAACGUGAUACUAU